UGUGUUUUGUCUCAAAUUGAAUUAAUGUUUAAUUUAUAUGUUGAUAAGAGGAAUCUCCUUCGCCGCAAUGAAGGAUUCAAGUGAUCUAUCAAAUUAAUCACAAAUGGUGACUCAUUGACUUAAAAUUGUGUGUUUUAUCCAUAAAAAUUCUCAUCGCCCUAUAUUAUAAGCAUGCAAUACAUAUACACACGGCCGAGGUGAAUGUACCUGAAAUCGAAAAUGAUGAUUUCAUGAUUUUUUGCCGAAAAUUCGAGAAUUUUAGCAUCAAGAUCGGUAGAUUGAAGAUGUAAUAGUGGUGUGAUGAAGUGAAUUUUAAGUGAAGAAUCGAGUUUGUUAUAAAAUUUUAGGUGUUUUUAUUUUGGUUACACAUACAUAUACAUACAUAAUAGGCGGUGCAUUACUAGCGCGAGACGAUACGGACGGGUCUAUUUUACUUCUGUACUAAGGGGAGGACCGAUUUUGUUUUAAUAUUAAAUUUAUAAAAGGAAAUAAAUAAUAAAAAGUGUAUAAGUUGAAGAAAAACAUGAUUUAUGACAGAUAAAUUAUAAAUUCAAAACUGUCAUGGAUGUUAGCGAGUUCACGAGCUGUCAGAACAAAGGGAUAAUUGAAACAGUGGUCGGUAACAUUAACACAAAAGUUUUUAUUAACACGCAGAGGUGAGAUUUGAUCAAAAUUUUACGACUUAAAUACAAAUUUAAAUUUCGCGCGUUUCACAUUUGAUGCUGCAAAGUUCAUGUUGGCACCACCUUUGCGAUGACUUUGUAGUCACGCAUUAUGGUUUGUUUACCUCUGCAGAAAAAAACACUUGUUCCAUUGGAAAUAAUAUUUUAACAUCAAAACCACACAAUCUGGAAUCAAGCUGAUAAAAGGAUUUUAAACAACAAUAUUAAAAGGCGUCUUUUUAAUUCUUCAACAAUUGGAUUGUCAAUAGAUAAAAUGUAUGUGCGUCGUUGAAAGAAACAACAGUGAACCAAGAUAUAAUUGUCAUGUCGUCUUAUUUAUAAAUACAUAAGUGCAUUUGUGAUAUUUAAAGGUAUCUAAAAAUAUAUUUGUUUUUAAACGCGACGCAAAAGGACAAUGCUUUUGUUCAAAGCGACCUAUUUGAAAAUGGCGUAUAUUUUAGGUAAAACCGCUGACGGAUACUCUUGAUAAUAUUCAGUAGUGAAAAAUAACCCGUAUAAGGAACAUAUAUUGUACUGUGUGUAAUAAAAUUAGUGACCUAGUGACGAUUGGUGUUAGUCAGCUGGUUCUAAUUAGCGAAAAGCAUUCACGAUUUUAUGUUUUUAAAAUGCAUUUUUAAUAUUUUAAUUUUGAGGCAUGGCUUUGCCGAGUGCACCAGUGGCCUAAGAGGCAUUAGUGAAAUUAGUUUUCUAUUCUUAUUAGUUAUGGUACAGUCCAGACUUAGUUGAGUUUAUAUCCUUUAUGUCCUGGUCAUUUAAAAUUAAAAGGCAUGCAGGUUCUGUAGGAUUUUAAAUGGUGGUUUUUAAAGUUGAGGAUAGUUAUCGUUAAGAUGCCUCAGCAGCGGUCGGAGGCGACGGCCGCGGCCAGCAAAAGACGAGCAGAGACACAAUUGACAUCGAUCAGUGCAACUGUUGGAUGGGAGAAACAGCAUGACAAACCACUGAUGGCCAUCGCGUCUCAGAGGGGCUUGAUAACGAACAGCGGGCAGCAGCAGCAGCUGACCGGCAGUGGCGGCGGCGGCGGCGGACCGCUGUACGGUCACAUCGUCGACUGCACGGACAGCAGUGGCGGCGGUUCGACAUCCUUCAACGCGUCCGCGGCUCAGCUGUCGCUGCAGGCGGCGGGCGGGUUGCUGCAAUUGCAGCAGCAGCACAAUUCUGGUCAGCAACAGUACCUCUCCUCCGUCGGAAUCGGUUCGACGGUCACCGGCACCGUACCACUGUCCACCGCCGGUGGUGUGCAGACCGCCGGCGGUGUCACCUGCACGUCUGGACAAGUUUCGGCUGCAGCCGCAGCAGCAGCGGCUGGUGAACUUCAUGCGAUGCAGGCGCGCAUACCGAGGAGGUUCCGAGAACCGUCGCAGGCGCCGUUGAGGAAACUCAGUGUGGAUCUGAUCAAGACUUAUAAGCACAUCAAUGAGGAAAGGGAUCGUUUGGACAAGUGGUUAAAGCUUAUGACCAUGAAGAAUCAUGCCAUGUAGCGAUAAAAAUAAUCAAAAACAAGAAACCUUUCCUGAAUCAAGCUCAGAUAGAAGUUAAACUUUUAGAAAUGAUGAAUAGAGCAGAUGCUGAUAACAAGUAUUAUAUAGUUAAACUAAAACGCCAUUUCAUGUGGCGUAACCAUCUGUGCCUGGUGUUUGAGCUACUAUCAUACAAUUUGUAUGAUCUACUCAGGAACACGAAUUUCCGUGGAGUGUCGUUAAACUUGACCAGGAAAUUUGCCCAGCAACUCUGUACGGCACUGCUUUUUCUUAGCACACCUGAGCUAAAUAUUAUUCACUGUGAUCUUAAACCUGAAAAUAUAUUAUUGUGCAAUGCGAAACGAUCUGCAAUCAAAAUCGUUGAUUUUGGAAGCUCAUGUCAACUUGGACAAAGGAUAUACCAAUAUAUCCAGUCUCGGUUUUACCGUUCACCAGAAGUCUUAUUAGGAAUUCCUUAUGACCUAGCGAUAGAUAUGUGGUCUUUGGGAUGUAUAUUAGUAGAAAUGCAUACAGGCGAGCCCUUGUUUUCCGGCGCCAACGAAGUCGACCAGGUGAACAGGAUAGUGGAAGUCCUUGGAAUUCCUCCUCGACAUGUGCUAGAUAGGGCUCUUAAGGCACGCAAAUAUUUCGACAGAGCACCAGGACCCGAUGGCGGAUAUGUACUCAAAAGGCCCCCUUCGACUGGUUCUGGAAAAGAUGCUAAAAAGUAUAGGCCGCCUGGCACAAGAAGAUUACAUGACAUUUUAGGUGUUGAUACAGGAGGCCCUGCAGGUCGAAGACUAGGUGAACCAGGUCACUCAGUUUCUGAUUAUCUUAAAUUCAAAGAUCUGGUUGCACGAAUGCUGGAUUACGAUCCAAGAUCUAGACUGACACCUUACUAUGCAUUACAACACAAUUUUUUCAAGAGAACGGCGGACGAGGCGACUAGCACUGUUGCUCCUCCAGUAGUAACUACUGCUGCAUCGGUACAGGACGCAAAUGCUUUAGCAAGUAUGCUUCGUGUUGGCCGUGGCAGCUCGAGUGACAUCAGUGCUCUGGCCUCUCAUCACCAGCAACAGACAUCUGCAAAUUCUAUCACCAAUGUUAGUAACAGCAGUAUCUUGCAACACCAACAAGCAGUAUCGAGUUUAGUGGAUGGUAAUGUGGUAAACAAUCACUAUUUGAUAGCAAUGGAUUGUGAUCCCUCACCAGCACGUUACAGGCAAACGGCUCGUUAUAAUAACAAAUCAAUGUCCUAUGCUCCAGCUUCGUUACCAGUUGAAUUAACCGGGCAAACUGAUCAGACAAAUUCCUAUAUAGCUCAUCAUCAUCACCAUCACAAUCAGUACGGCGGGACUCAAAAUUCUUUGGUGCACAUGGGUGGUUUUGCAAGUACAACUGCGGGGUAUGAGUAUCCGAACGUUUUGCAGGAUGCUAAAAGAUCAAACACUUUAAAUAGUUCAUCCACAUCAGGAUCCGGUGGUCAAAACGAACAGGACGAUAGUCCUAUGGUCGGAGUCUGUGUUCAGCAGAGCCCUGUUGUUAUACAUUAGUUUCGGUAUUGUUUUAAUUUGAUUAGCUGUAUGGUGACUUAUGAUAGUCAGAAGCUGAUUAGAUGGGAAAUAAUACAGACUAAAGAAAAAUUAUUAGUGCGACCUAUUAUCUUGUCAAUUUUAACCAAUCUGAAGCGUUUCAGGUAAGAAGUUGAAUAAAAUUGAACAGGUGUAGUGUAGAACUUUGAAAAGUUUUUGCUUUAAGCAACAUCCACCUGGUGUAUAAUAGUUGAACCGACCUACAACUUUACACAAAAUUCUGCAAUGGUGUCUCUCACUCUUCUGGUGGAACGCAAUGGUUGAUUCAUGAAAAAUUACUUCAAGAUAUUGUGCAUUAUAAGUAUUAUGAGAAAAAGAAAGGCUUAAACAAAAUUUUAUCAUUGAAUGUAAAUAUCUGGUAGCCGAAGAGCAUCAAGUGCACUUGACUGAACAUACUUCAGGGAAGUCAGUUUGAUAAAUGAACUGGAAGAUAGUUGAUGUUGAAUAGGAUUCAAUAUGGUGGUUUGAAAAUCAUUAUAAUUAUACAUCUUAGAAGUACUUGCAAAAGUUUGAAUUAACACAUUGGACAUAUUUUUUUAAAUUUAUAAAAGAUUAUGUUACGUUGAAUGGAUACGACGUUUGUCUAACUUGGCCUGCAAUUUUCCGAGUAAUCUGUCUAAAAAAUGUGUUUACCAAUUACUUGUGUCCUAAAUAAUAGAAAGUAUUUAAGAGUCCUGAGUUCGAUGUGGACAUGUGUUCUAAAACUAUAAUAUGAAU